GCUCUGGCUCCUGCGCACCCACUGUGAAUAUGGGCCAUAGUAUCAUUUGUCCUCUUUAUGAAGGAACUUUUAAAUAGAUGAAGAGAUCUAAAUUGACUGAUGAAAAUUAAAAAUUUGGUUGCGCAAUAUGAUUAGCGUGAAGUGUGACUAAAAUGUUCAUUCCUUAGCUGAAAAGUGGCGACGACCAAUCAGAAUCGGGCAACGUUAUUUCUUUCUAAAAGGGUACGAAUCCGUGGUGCCGGGUGUAUUUAUAUCUGUAUUAGCGGCAUCUGUCAUACACAAUUCUAUUAUAGUAAAUAAACGUGUGCAACUAUCGACAUUGUAUGAAAACAAUGAAACAAAAAUAUUAAUUUGAUUUAACUAAAACGUGAAAUUAAAAUGUCAGACGAAUCAGAAUACGAGGUAGAACCAGAAGAGUUCGACAUUUAUAAACAGAAGUAUCAACUGCUACUAGAUAGAUGUGAAGUCUUACAACAGGAAAAUGAAAGAUUGGUUUACCGAAUUCAGAGAGUAAGGAAACUUCUCAAACGUACAAGGAAGGAAAAAAAAUUUUUAAUUGAUCGUUUGGAUCAACAUGGUGAUCGGUGGCGAGAAGCACCUAUGGGAGUUCUCGAGGAAAAUAAUGUAUUUCAAGCAACAUCUAAACAAGAAAAAGCUGCAAAGGCCACCGCUCAUAAUUCUAAAGAUGAAAGAACGAAAAAAGGACCAAAAAGGAAAGGUGCAAAGACGGACCCUAAUGCGCCAAAAAGACCAGCAAAUCCAUUUUUUCAAUUUUGUCAAGAACAACGACCUCGUGUUAUGGAACGGUUAGCUGGGGAACCAGAACCAAGCAAACAAGAACUCACUAGACAACUUGCAACCACUUGGAAAUCUCUUAGUUCCGAAGACAAGAAAGUAUAUUAUGAUAUGUAUGAACGAUCUAAAGAGAAAUACGUUGCUGAAAUGCAAAUCUAUAACAAAAAGUCAGAAGACGCACCAAAUCAAAUGUCUUUAAAUAUAACAUAGUAUUUGUAUUUAAGUUAAAUGUUAUUUGUAAAUACGUAAUUUAUAAUCAGAUAUUUGCACAUACUUCAAUAUUUAUGUAUAGCAAUUUAAAAUAAACUAUAAAUAAGAUCAAUAAAAACUGGUAACAUAAUA